AUGCGUUUCACUGGAGGUCUUCGUCAGCAAAUUCAAUUUACUCUAAACCUUUUCCAACCACAGUCAAUCUAUGAGGCUCAUCAACAAGCCAUGACGGUGGAAGCACAAAACAAGAAUGGCUUUCAGGCCUGGGGUUCAACAAGAACUAACAGACAUACAACGACCGCCCCUGCAACUGUUCCGAACGACGCAACCACUUCAAAGACAGAGACAGCUAUCGUGCCCGCAACUGCAACUCAGCAACCUCGAACUAGCGGUUUACGCUGUUACUCCUGCGGUGAAGCUGGCCACCGACAAUCUGCUUGUCCUAAUCGGGCUCGACGCGGGUUACUUAUCGAUGAAGCAAAUCAAGAGCAGAAUCCUAUCUACGAUGAAGAACCACCUGAAGAACAAGAAGAACUCUACCCAGACUCGGGACAUCUUCUGAUGGUACGCCGAUCGUGCUUCACUCCAAAGGCCGAGGAGCAAUGUCCACAACGAUUUAAGCUCUCUCAGUCACGUUGUACGAUCAAUGGACGAGUAUGCCCUUUUGUGAUUGAUUCCGGUAGCUGUGAAAACGUUAUAGCCGCAGACGCAGUCACUAAACUCAAGAUACAAGACGAGCCUCACCCUUAUCCUUACAAACUUUCGUGGCUCCAGCAAAAUCACGAUCUUGUUGUCACCCGACGAGCGUUGGUCUCUUUCUCCAUCGGUCCUUCAUAUAAAGAUCAAGUUUAUUGCGAUAUCGCACCAAUGGACGCUUGCCAUUUACUCCUAGACCGCCCAUGGGAAUUUGAUCGACGCGUACUUCAUGACGGCUUCCUCAACACAUACAGUUUCACUCUUAGCAAUCACAAGUUCAUCCUCAAACCAUCAUCACCGGACAUCACCACCAACACUACAGCCAAAACCGCAAACCCAGUGUUAUUUCUACGCAAGACACCAUUUAUUUCAGCUAUGCAUGAAGCCGUCAUGGUCCUUGCAGUUGUCACCAAACCAAAGCUCACUUCGCCCCACGUCGAAAUCUCAUCGGCUUUUACUUUUAUUUUAUCCGAGUUUUCAGAUGUCUUCCCCGAAGAUCUCCCGGACGGCCUUCCUCCUCUCCGCGACAUCAAGCACCGUAUAGACUUCCUCCCGAACGCUGCUCUCCCAAACCGCUCUCAUUAUCGCAUGAGCCCAAGUGAGCACGAAGAGUUGCGUAGACAAAGUAAAAGAGCUGGUCGCCAAAGGUUUCUUGCACAAGAGUCUCUCACCAUGUGCAGUACCCGCCCUUCUCAUUCCUACGAAAGACGGUUUGUGUCGAAUAUACGGAUCAACCCGGGCGAUGAAUGGAAAACGGCUUUCAAUACACUUGAAGGACUCUUCGAAUGGAUGGUCAUGCCUUUUGGGUUAUCAAAUGCCCCAAGCACAUUCAUGCGUGUUAUGAACCAAGCGCUUCGACCUUUCAUUGGCAAAUUCGUUGUGGUGUAUUUCGAUGAUAUAUUGAUCUUUAGUCUCUUCGCUACCCUCAAGAAGUGUGAGUUCGGUUCAUCCAAGGUCCACUUUGUCGGCUACAUCGUCUUAGGCCAAGGACUUGCAGUCGAUCCAAGCAAGAUCUCUGCUAUUCAGUCUUGGCCAACUCCCAUGGCAAUAACUGAAGUUCGUAGUUUCCACGGUCUGGCCUCGUUUUAUCGACGGUUCGUCUCACAGUUAAGGGGUCUCAUGUCUCCUAUUACCGAUUGUAUUCCUGAUGGACAAUUUGUUUGGACGAAAGAAGCAGCUCAAGCUUUCGUGAUCAUUAAAGACAAUGUUUGUUCCGCUCCGGUCCUCGCUCUGCCAGACUUUACAUUAUUCUUCGAGUUACAUUCUGACGCUUCAAAAACAGGAAUUGGUGUGGUACAUAGCCAGAUAGGACGACCUAUAGCGUUUUACAGUGAGAAAUUGGCUGCUUGCCACUGUGGAGCCGAGUAUGAAUCUGACUACUCAGAAUCGAUCGACACUCAUCCAGUUACGUCGAUUGACACAAACCAUACGAAAUUGACCAACGCUGACAAAGAGGAAUUGGUCGAUAGUAGUCUAGAUGAUUGGGAGAAUGACUACUACAACCCCGCUAUUGACGCUUACACAAGACAAAAUAUGCAUACAAACGAGUAUGAUGAAGACUUCGAGGAGGAACGAGCCAUUGAGUACAGAGCCAUCCUUAAUGAGGAAGAUAAACUCAUACAUCAUUCCUCUUGGAAAAGGAAUGCACCAUCGUUCGACAUGACAAGCUUGCCAUCGAUCGACACUCAACCUCAACAACGAUGCCGAAAGCAAGCAUCGACCGACACUGCCUACUACAACUCGGUCGACACUGAAUUCAACCGUGUGCGAGAUGGAGACUACUCGAUUGGUAGUUGGGCAGAUGAACACCACCACGAGAGCUUUGCAGUAGAAACAGUAACCUACACAACAGGAGCAAAUAAACUACAAGAUAGUUUCACAGACGAGGAGCUGCUCAACAUGCAAAAGCGCGGUGAUACAGAUCAGUUUCAGGCAGAAUCUGCUUGGGAAAGAACUCGUUCUAGUUAA